UCUGCUCGUAUGCAUAAUUUUGGCUAGAAUCCAGCAUUGGAAAACCGAAAAGAAAACAACUAGAGAAUAAACAAAAAAAUAUGUAAGAUACAGGGAGCGAAAUGCAGUUUAUUAGAUGUGCUACAAUUGCGAUCUAUUCACACUACUUUUCAUUAAUUUUGUAGUGACUGAAAGUUGAGGUAGUAAACUAAAUUAUUUUGAUCAGAAAAAUUAAAAAUACUUAAUUUUAGAGAUUUAUAAAUGUUUGGUCUUACAUGUCACAAAAAUGUAAACUUAUAAUUCAAAUUAAUUUAGAACCUUUUUAGUAUUUUUUGCUGGUUAGCUGAUUCACUUUCCCCGUUUCUUUUCCAUUCGCUUUUCUAUAUGUUGAACCAAUGAUUCCAUGGCUAUUUUUCAUUGUCAAUUCCUUCUAGUCUAGACCAAUUUUUCAUUGGCCAUUACAGCGUACGGGGAUCUAAACAAACCCGGCGAAAAGUAAAGCGCAACUGUCCAUCAGUCGCUCGACCAAUCGCCGCGGUUAUUUCCGUGUUAUAUGGUUUUGGUUAUAUAGUAGAUCGGCACAGAUUCUCCGUCCGAAAGGCGACAUCGCCCCCCAUUAAGCUAUUGCGGAGAUUUGGCAAACAAAUAAAUCAGAUUUAACAUUGUGGUCGCCUGGGGGAAAUGCAUUUGCUUUGAUUUCGAACCCAAUGCGGUUUUUGAUUAAUUCCAAGUCAGAAAUGUUCCAAAUUUAUGUUCGAAGCGUACAGCAAGCCAAGGAAAUUUCUUGGCAUAAUUCCGUCUGGCCUUCAACUUCAGAAUGUAGACAAUGUCAAGUUGGCAUUUCUAUUUUUUCCUUUCUAAUUAAGAAGCGGACUUCUGCGGAAAAAAUUCCAAUACAUCCAACACAUCAGAAGGCAGUCGAUGUUGUGGCCUGUCGAAAUGCCUGACAAGUGACACGGGAAAUUAAGGCCAGAAGAAGGGUGAAAGCUCUGAAAGGCACACGUGCAGCAACGUGUGGAAAACAUCGCGCAUACGCCGCGUGCGUCAGAGGAAAGCUCCGUUGCACCUGAGGCAUUAGCCAUUCGUAUAUCCACUGGCAUCAUCCAGCCAUUUGUUAUACAAGCGGCAUUCGAAUGCAGCGCAAUUUGGAAGCUGAAUGAACACAAACACGCGCAAAGACAAAGCGAUGAAAGGUGGAUGAUUAAUGGCUAAGCAGGAGCCAAGAUGGCAAACCAAGCAACUUAAAUGGAAAAUGGCCGAAUCAAGCGAAGAGCCCCUUUGUUUACUUCCGCGAAACACAAAGCAAUGACGUCACAACAGUAGCUGCAAUCACGCAUACGCCGCGUUGGACCGGCCUCAGGGGGUUUCGCUGAUCGGCUCGCUAUAUCUAUUAUAUAGCUUUGAUGGAACUGGCAGAAAAAACCAAAACAAACGCAGCAUGUAGCCAGCGAUCGUGGCAACAGCUGAGCGGAAAAGCUCAGGGAAAAGCUUUUCCAUUUAGCCGGCUACAAAUGGGAUCUAUCGAUCGGUGAUCUCCUCUCUUAUUUUGUUGGUCUUUGUCCAGUGCGUUCUAGACGACGCGCCUUUGCAGACGUGCGGCUUUUGAAACAAAAUAUAUAUAUUUAAUAUCGGACCACAUAUCCAAAAUUAUGCAAUGAGCAACAUGAAAAGUUGCAAAUAAUUCAAUACACAAAUAAAUGAACACGCAAAAAAGAAAACAGCAUCCAAAAACAAGAGCCAAGGGGCGAAAAGUGAAAUAUAUAAACAAUAAAUAGCAACUCGCAGGUGUAAAAAAUGGCGCAUUGGCGGUGUGUGAACAACCUGGAUCAAGGGAGCAAUCGUCUGAACCCUAAGCAAUUAUGAAAUUGAUAGCCAACUAAUUGGCCGAAUUGAAAAGUGAAAACACAAAACAACAUUGAACAGCAUUGAACUUAGUGAGCGGCAGCAGCAGUGACAAAUUGGCGAGCUAACGGCCUUGUGGAUUGCGGAUACUUUUCGCGGAUCGUCGAACUCUUCGUGGUGGUGGCCAUGAAGCACGAGAAGACCCUCGUCAUGGCUGCUCCGCACAAGCAGCGGCAUCCGCACCUCGCGGAUAGCUCCGCCCACGUACCCCGAAGUCCCAUCACGAAGGCAUUUGACUUUUUCCCAUGGACUAGGAGUCGCAGUAAGGUCAACAUGGCCAAGGUCCAGAGUCCUUCGUUGGAACAACAGGCCUCGGUUUCCUCUGCCACUUCGGUGGAAAAACCCUCGGAGGUUCACUAUUCCAAGAACAUCUUUCGCAGUGGCGGUGGUCUCAUUCGGGAUAUUCUGGUGGGUGACAAGAAUCUGCAGCUCAAGGAUAAGCCACCUCAAUCCCCGAUUCCCUCGCACAAAAAGAAACAGAAAGCUUUGUCGCGGAAUAAGAGCCUGGAUAUCAGGGAGCUCAUUGGAUGUGUGGAAAGGGAAAUGGCUCCUGUGACAGGAGGAGGUCCUUUGAGUCAGCCACCUCGUUUCAUAGACGACACCUACAUAGACCACAAACCCAAACAUAUACUCUUCAAUGAUGAUGAGAAUACUGUUUAUAUUAUCAAGAAGGAGCAACCUGUGGCCAAGUCAAGUCAUAAGGGCACCAACUCCUCUUCUUCUGCUGCUAAUGCUAACCAAACCAAUGGAGAUGUCCUGAAGGCAAGGUUGAAAUUCAAGCGUUUACCCGGUGAUCAUUACGAGGCUUCACCGGAGGCCCUGCGAAGAGCUCAUCUGCUCCACCAGCGAUCCGAACAGCGUCAUCAGUUGCAGCGUCGCAAGAGUCUCAGCGAUCAGCAGAGCAGCUCCAGUUUAAGCAGUGGCGGCGGAGGCGGGGGUGGCAGCGGAAGCAUUAUGCUGGAGCGCCCCAAGACCGACAAGCCGCGCAAGAAGCUCUCCUUCCGGGAGCCCAUCAUUGCCGGCGACCAAAUACUGCCACUCAUCCUCAACGAGCAGCGGCAGGCAAGACAGAGGCGUCGCAGCUCCCCCUUGGAACGCAGCAGGGGGAUAACGGGAGCGGACUGUGAUAAUUUAUGCAAUAAUCGCACAAAGGAUGCAAUUUCCUGCGGCUGUGCGACGAGCGAUCCGGAGUCUCAGGCGAUGCGCAUCGUUCGCACCGUGGGACAAGCCUUUGAAGUGUGCCACAAAUUUAAUCUUCAUAAGAAUUCCCUGGAACCCAACGACGAACGCUCCGACAUAUCCUCAUCGGAGCUGCUGGACGUGGAGCAAAUCAGCGAGCAGCAGCUCAGCGAAGACGGCGAACGGGCUGGCAUUUGCGAGAAUGAGACGCCCAAGAAAGAGCACUUGGCCAUAACGCCCGAUCUUGGCCACACGCAGCCGCAGCGGCCAAACCAUUUGGAGCUAAUGCCAUCGCAUUCGAGUCUACGCAAAUCGAACAGCCUGCUGUGCGAUGUGGACGACAAGUCGCCGGGCUCUCCCUCCUCGCCGCGCUCUGAGAUCACCCAGCUGAAGGACCAGCUGGAGGCACAGGCUCUGCAGACCCGCCAGGCUCUGGGUCAACUGAUGUUGGUGCGGGAGCAGCUCAUCUCGGAGACCAAUGCGCGCAUCGAGGCACAGGCGCGCACGCAGCAGUUGCUGCAGCAGAAUCGGGAGCUCCUGGAGCACUUGGCCUCCUUGGGGGCCUACAACGAGCAGCAGAGUGCCGGACUCACGUCGGCCAACAUCGGAAUGGCGCCGCAGCAAUCGCAGCUGCAACUGCUGCUGCAGGCCACCAGCAACAACAACAACCUGGCAACGAUCAAUCAGCAGAUCAGCAAUCUCGGUAGCAUCAAUCAGCAGUUGACCUCGUUGAGUCACCAGUUGAGUGGCCUAAAUCAGCAGAGUCAGCACCUCCAGAACUUGCAACAGCAACAGCAGCAGCAACAACAAACAACAACGGCCACUCCUGCCACGCCCCCUCCGCCCAUUGCGGCAUCAAGUAGUCCGUAUCCAUCGAUGAGCGCCCUGCAGAGCAUCAGCAAUCAGUUGCAGCAGCAGCAGCAGCAACAGCAGCAGCAGCAACAGGAUGCGCUGUCCAAGGAUCUGUUUCAGGUAAAUCAGGAGCUGCUCAAUCGCCUUCAAGCCUUGAACUUGAAUGCCAAUCCUGGACAGAGUCAGCAAACGCCAGCUCCCUCACCCCACAACUCCUUCUUCUACGUGAAUCCCUUGUCCUGCACUCCGGCCACUCCGAAUAAUAAUGGAAUAACAGGAGGAGGAGCGGGGGGAUUUAAUUUCCUCACCUCUCCAGCAGCUACGGGAACUCUGACACCAUCACCCUUGGGAACCAUGAAUCGGAACUCCUUCGCGGGAAGUUCCUCCUUGAACGAGGACAUACGCAUGAGCCUGGAACACAAUCUGAACAAUCUGGAGGAGCAGCUGAAGGCGGCGGUUUCGAAUGGCAAUCUGGCUGGCCUCGCCUGUGGAGGAUCCACCAGCACCAGGGACACAAGCAGGAGCUCCUCCACGCUGGAUUCACCAUCCUCGCCGCGUUUGAGGAGCAGCAACAACAACAUCAGUCCGAGUGGCAGCAACGGCAACCAGAACAACCACAACAACAACAACAAUAGCAACAACAGCAAUAGCAGCAGCAGUCGGGAGACGCGAUUCAAUACGGUCCUGCUGCGGGUCACCGAUGAGGCGGGUCACCAAAGGAAGCUCUCGGCCACGCCCAGUUUCAUCACGCGGAGCACCAGCGAGAAGGUGCCCAAUCGCAGCCAGAUGAUGAGCCAGGUGCAGCGGACCACUUGGGCCAGGCACACCACCAAAUGAGCACCAGGUCGUAGGUCAUAGGUUAAAAAGGUUGAAAGGAUUCGAAAGGAGCAAGGAGCGCACGUGAGGAUCGAGUGAAUGAUUUCGGGUGGGAACAGUAUUAAUUUAGGAGAAACAUUUAGGAGAAACCCAACUUUAGUUUCACAUUUUAGGUGUCCUAGCAGAACGCAUUGCUGGCGUUUAAUGUGCCAAUUAUUUGCCCAGCUCAAUAUUUACUUUAAGUGUAAAGUAUCUAUAUAUCUUUAGCUUUAUUCUCUAGCUCAAACUGUGCCAAAGUCAAAGUCUAUAGCACUUUGGCGUUUGGUUAAAAGUAUUUGUGAAACAUAAUCUUAGCAUAUCAGCAACGAAGAAACUUACCCAAGUUCGCAAUAAUCGUUUCAAAGUAUUUUCUUUCCCCUAAAUGAAGUCUAUAUCUAUAUCUACUAUAUACAUCUAGUGGUUAAGCUAAUGAGUCUAGUCUAAAACUGGUUAAGUUGGAUAUACUGUUAUUUUUGUAAAUUGUUGUAUUUUAAUUCAAUUUAUGCGUGACCCGCAUAAUCAUGUGAAAUGCAUUAAUUUGUUUGCCCGGCCAGAGUUAUUUGUAAAUUAUAAAUUCAGAUAUUCGAUUGAAUAUGGAAUAUAUACUCGUAUAUCGGAAGCAAACACGAACGGCGGACAACAGAAAUAAUAAUUACAAUAAUAAAAAUCGCAUAAUUAUGUAAAAACCACUGGCGACUGUUUCGAACCAUUGUCGUUAAUAAUUGAAAGUUAACGCCAGACUGGGCAAUUUCCCUAAUGACUUUUCCGACAAAAACAUGCAGAGCAUACUUUUAAGCGCAUUAAGCAUCCGCCCCGUGGGACGGCCAGUAUAUGAAUUUCCCCGCCCGCUGGAUAAAUGAAAAACGAAGGAGGAGCGGCAAAAACAAGUGUCGCCAUUUUUCACUCUACUCGGUAGUUGGUUUUUCUUUUCUUUUCUGUUUGUUUUUUUUUUCUUUGUAUUUUUUUUUCGUCCUGUUUGCCUACGGAUUUCGCUGGUGGGCAGCAAUUUGCGCACAUAACUCAUUUGCAUAAAUUU